CUCAAUUACUGACAGUUACUGUCCAAACUGGACCAGCAGGACACAAGAAACACAACUGCUGAACUUGGCUAAGACAAGGGUGACUACGGAAGAUGAGAACGCAUGUUUCGUUACAUCUUGUCUGAAGCUACCUAUUUCUACAACCAGUGACUGUUCACAGUUAUAGCAGAGGCGGCCUGCUUCUGAAACUUAGGAACUGUGAACUCCCACAACAUUCAAGGAUGAAGGGGACCAUCUGUUAGAGGCCACUUGUAGCAACCUGAAGACAGUUUAAGCUGCAAAAGACAUAUGAUGACCUUCUUCUGGUUUUCAGGCCUGAAUUUGGGAAAGCAAGAAUCAAGAAGAGUUGGUCAAGACACAAGAUAGAGAAAACUUAUAUCCUAGCCUCUGUCCAACUCCGUAUCAGAAAUGGAACCAACUGAGGCCUCAAGCAAUAAUAGUGACAGGAACUGUACAAUAGAAAACUUCAAGAAGGAAUUUUACCCCAUCGUAUACCUGGUAAUAUUCGUCUGGGGAGCGUUGGGAAAUGGCUUCUCCAUUUAUGUCUUGCUACAGACUUAUAAGAAGUCCACGUCUGUAAAUGUUUUCAUGCUCAACCUGGCCAUUUCAGACUUUUUGUUCAUAAGUACCCUGCCCUUCAGGGCUGAUUACUACUUAAGAGAGUCCAAUUGGAUAUUUGGGGAUCUGACCUGCAGAGUAAUGUCUUAUUCCUUAUAUGUCAACAUGUACACUAGCAUUUAUUUCCUAACUGUGCUGAGUGUUGUGCGUUUCCUGGCCACUGUCCACCCUUUCCAGCAGCUCCAUGUCACCAGCGUCAAGACCGCCUGGAUCCUCUGUGGGAUCAUAUGGGUUUUUAUCAUGGCUUCCUCAGCCAUGCUUCUGAAGAAUGGCUCUGAGAAGAAGAACGGCAUUAUACUGUGCCUGGAGAUAAGUCCCCUGAAGUUUAAGAAGCUACUGAUCAUGAACCACAUUGCGUUGGUGGCAGGCUUCCUGCUCCCAUUUGCCAUACUCACCAUCUGCUACCUACUGAUCAUCCGGGUCUUGUUAAAGGUGGAGAUUCCAGAAUCGGGUCUGCGGGCUUCUCACAGGAAGGCCUUGGUCACCAUCAUCAUUGCCAUGGUCAUCUUUCUCCUGUGCUUCUUGCCUUACCAUGCACUGCGAACCCUCCACCUGGUCACAUGGAAAGCAGGUGCCUGUGGAGACGCAUUGCAUAAGGCCACGGUCAUCACGCUGGCCUUGGCUGCGACCAAUAGCUGCUUCAAUCCCUUUCUCUACUACUUUGCUGGAGAGAAUUUCAAAGAUCGAUUAAGGGAUGUAUUCAACAAAGAUUGUCUACGAAAGGCAAAGACAAAGUGCUGUCUUCCUCAGAUAGCUGAAGAGCAGAAAUAAGAGUUUGGGGAGCUGUAUGCAGGUGUGCUCGUGACUCUUGGUGUUCACCUUCAUUCCCUCAUGGUCUCCAAUUUGUAUUUACUUCAUAAUCAACACAUCUUGGUUCCCAGCAUUGAACUGACCACAACGUUUGCGAAUAAAGCCUAUUUCAGAGAUGUCAUUGGAUGCAUUUGUAAUAGUUGGGACUAAAUGAGAAAUGUAGAAGAAGUAUUUCUCCUGGAAUCUUGCACACUGAAACAUGACAUUGGGGAAAAUGGCCAAGCACAGUCAUGUCAGCUUAGCCAUGCUAUGCUAAGUCUCUGGUCCAGGCAGUCCCAACUUUAAGACAUCCUCAAGCACCCCAGCUUCUCAACUCCUUCCCCUAUUAAAGCCUUUGAGACACAGCCAAACCUACCAGGGGCCUCCGUGUAGCAUGGAGAACAUCCUAAGAACUCAGGUGCAGACUUUGGUUUGAAGAGGAAGACUGCCCUGUAACAAAGCAAGUCCAGACAAGGUUGGUGAGAGGAAAAGGAAGAGAAGGACUAACAGAAAAGAGAGUGAAUGAUACAGAGAGGUAAAGAGUAAUUUCAUGUUGCCCCAAGAGCAAACCAAGUAGAGGAAUGUGCCUGCUGUGUAUUUUUUGCCAGGGAUUUGGAAGACCAAAGAGUGGAGUGGGCUGGAAUCACUUCUCUAGGGGAUACAGGGAUUGUGUGUGGAAAAGGGAAGAGGUGGAGUCAUGGACUUGUAUCUCAGUUUUACUUUUAGACCUGGGUUUGGAUUGGCAUCAAUGUAGUCAUCGCUCCCUCCUAUUGACCCACUGGUGUCGGGGCCAGCUUGAUUUGGGAAAUAGCCAGGCCAGCUUAAAUUAAACAAUUAUAUUUUUAAUUGUUAUAAGGGGAAACUCAUGCCACAAGAAUGGGAAGUUAGAGUUCUUCUGUGUCUGGCGGGAAUUGCUCAGAGAGAGUGCACACCUGGUCUGUCCCAGUUUUUCUUCCUGAGCUCCAGGUAGCCACGCCUUAACUAGGCAUGAUUGGUUAACAGAUCUUCCCCAUCAUCUCCCCCUUUUGUCUAAACAAGAUCUAUCCAAAACCAAUACAAACAUAUACAAUAGGAACAGAUACCAAAUA